UUGACAGGUGCCAGGACGGGUGCCAGGACCACCGGGUUGGCGGGGUUUCAUGGUUGAAACGCCCUGAUCUGCAGCCCUAAGUGGGAUUGACCCACUGGCCGACAGACAGUCUCAAAUUUGCGUUCGCAGCCGGAUGCAGGCCGCAGAGUCACAUCGUCAUCACUCCAUUGGAUCGCUGCCGACGCCAGUCCACCAUUGGCUCGAUGCUCAAACCACAAUUCCCAGAAUGGGGCUAAGUGUCAGGUUCCUGCGGCGCGACCGCUAAGCUCUUCCCUGCCUGCAGACACGAAACAGCCCAGCCCGCUCGGGUUCCCGUGCGUGUCGGACCCGACAUUUAUCUACCGGACGGAUGCCCUGGCCGGUUUCAUGUCCUGCCUUUCUUUUCGUCCUCAUCCCCGGGUCCUCCUCCCUCCCUGGUUCUUCUCUUCUCACACACCCUCUAUACCGACACCAUGCCUGGGGGCCUUCAUCCGCCGCUCUCCGUGAUGGAGUCGUGGCCUGCUCCCAACACUGUCGACCCGGAGUCCCAUGGCCCAGCCGCCACCAUUGUGUGUGCCGUGUUCGGCUCCAUCGCCGUCGUCAUCGUGGCCAUGCGUCUAUGGGCACGCUGUAUUAUCCAGCGACGGGGAGGAUUAGACGAUAUCAUCGUGGCAGUGGCCCUCAUCCCGCUCAUCGGCAUCAACAUCGCCGUUCCAAUCGGCUCCUCCGUCUACGGCGAAAUCCACCACACAUGGGACAACAGCCUAACGAAGCUCAUCGGCGAGCGCAAAGUAGCGAUCGGGGCGGAACUAUUCUACGUGCUCGCCUCCAGCCUGAUCAAAGUGUCUGUGCUGCUCUUCUACCGACGAAUGGGCCAACGAACGGUCUCCCCGCGCUUCCUCACCGUGAUCUGGAUCAGCAUCGCAUCGGUCAUAGCCUACAGCGUCGCCUUCUUCGUGGUGAUCUUCGUCUCGUGCCGACCCUUCCACGCCUUCUGGAUGGAGAUCGACCCCCUCUGGUCCGCCACCAACCCCUACACCUGCUACGACGAGGGCGCGCACCUGAUCGCCGCCACCGGCAUCAGCCUCACCCAGGACAUCAUCGCCACGACGCUCCCCGCCAUCCUGUGCUUCCGGCUGCAGAUGCCCCUGCGGCAGAAGCUCGCGCUGAAUGCCGUCUUCGCGCUCGGCUACCUGGCCGCGGUCAUCGCCGGCAUCCGCAUCUAUUUCGUCUGGCGCAUGUUCUACGAUACCUAUGAUGCCACCUGGGAGGCCUGGUAUUGUUGGAUUCUGGCCGCCUUGGAGAUUAAUAUCGCCGCGACUUGCUCGAGUUUGCCGGCCGUGAAGGUCUUCUUUCGGGAUAGUGUGCUUGUCGCCGUGAGGUCGUUGAGGCAUUCGCGCAGUGCCAGUCGGAGUAAUGGCUCCGGCAGUGUGCAGAAGAGGUCGGUGCAGGAUCGGGAUCGUGACCAUCGGGAGGGGGGCCGGUUGAGUGGGGAUACUGAUCGGUAUUUGUUGAAGGGGGUGAGUGCGACGGAGUUGAAGUCGUUUGCUCUUCCGAUCGGGCGUGGAGGGGGGGAUGACUCGGUUUAGAUGUUCUAGAUCAGUAGAUGGGAUUUGAG